ACCGAAGUCUGUUAUCUAUCAAUGUAGGAUAUCCAACUUAGGACGUUGUUGUUGAACUAGACUCAUUGUGCAUCCCUAAGUGCGUUGGUUAAAGUUGGACUACCUCUGGCAAAACAAAACAAAGCAGAUUAAAGAAGAUGCCACUGCUCAUUGCUGAAGACGUCGAGAAGCUAUGGGAUACUUGGAAUAUCAGAGUCCUAAUUAUUCUAAGUCUCUUGGUGCAGUCUUUCCUAAUUCUGUCUGCACAAUUAAGAAAGCGAAGAGGUGGGAAAUGGUUCAUCAUGAUUCCACUCUGGAUAGCAUACCUACUUGCAGAUUGGGUGGCUACAUUCACUAUUGGACUCAUGUUGCGUGCUGAACGUAGUGACAUCGUAGCCUUUUGGGCACCCUUUCUUUUGUUGCAUCUCGGUGGCCCUGACACCAUUACUUCCUUCUCUCUGGAGGACAAUGAAUUCUGGAUUAGGCACUUGCUUGGGCUCAUAUUACAAGUUGGUUCGACUAUCUAUGUUAUCCUUCAGUCACUCCCAGAUAACAAACUUUGGCUGCCAACUCUCCUAGUUUUAAUUGCAGGGGUAAUCAAAUAUGCUGAGCGCAACCGUGCCUUUUAUCUCGCAAGCUUUGACCAUUUCGGGAAUAAUUGGGCAUGUCCAUCAUGUAGUCUAUACCAUGCAACGUCUCCCGUUUCAGUAUGGCCUCAUGAUGCACUAUUGCCUCCCAUUCCAGUACGACUUAAACAAGCUCAUCAGUCGUGGUUUAAACGGUUUUUGCCACAGUCUGAGUUGUGUCCGAUUGUUGUUAAGGCAGCUUCUACGGUUGGCACUAUCAAGAGCUUACUUGUAGGUCCUCCCAUGACUACAGAAGAACUGAUGAGUCUUCGUUGUUUUAUGGGAAAAAGAAAUUCAGGCGAGAGGCUUCGUAUCAUAGAGAUCCAAUUAAGCCUCUUGUACGAGCUCUUUCAUACCAAGUUGCCCGUAGUUGAUUCCAAGACUGGUUAUAUUUGCCGCACCGUCAACUUUGGUUGCAUCUUGGGAGCCUUGGUGUCAUUCUCAAUAUUACUUAAGAAGUACUACCAUAAUAAGUUGGGGGAGUUUGACAUCUGCCUGACAUAUGGGUUGCUGAUCGGGGCUUUGGCAUUGGAUUUGAUAUCCAUCUGGUUACUCAUGUCCUCUGAUUGGAUUAUUGUUAGGCAGUUACUCAUGCCCUCUGGUUGGAUUGGUGUUACGGAGUACUCUGACAAAAAGAAUUAUGAUAAAUUCAUUGAUAAGCGCAGGUGGUCAAACUCAGUUCCUCAAUUAAAUAUUUUUUAUUGUCGUUUCAAGAAUAAAGAUGGAGAUUAUCCAAACAAAUUGGUUGAUUUUCUUGGCACAAGGUUUGAGACUAUAAGAAGAAGAAUCCAGUGCGUGUUCCUUGAAAAUUUUGUAGAAGAACAAGCUUGGAAGCUCAUUUUUACAAUGCUACGAGAAAAGGAUAUUGGCGAGGCUGGCAAGGAAAUCUUUGGUCCAUCUAGAAUUCUUACGGUUCAUAUUACCGACUUCGCUUGGACCCUCGACAGGUUUGAGUACAUGGAAAGCCUCCUGAUAUGGCACAUAGCUACUGAAAUAUGCUACCGAAAGGUAUGUCCAGAUAACAGCUCCAGCAGUUCUACAUCAACUUCUAAUGAUUGUUUCGAUCACCGAAAAAUAUGUAAGUUGAUUUCAGAUUAUAUGUUUUACCUUUUGGUAAUGGAGCCUACCAUGACAGCCACCUCGCCUAACAAUCUGAAGAUAGUUUUUGAGGCCAAAGAUGGAACAUGGAAGUGGCCAAGUUAUUGGAAGAAGGGAUCCAAAGAAACAUUCAUUAAAGAUCCACUGGAUAAGCUAUUGGAAGGCGAAGUGGAAAAUGCUUAUAUAAAUCAAGCUCUGUUGAAGAAAGAUGUGGACAAGUUAGACUACCAAGAGAAGCCUGAAGUAGCUCGCUUUUCGAGGAUAGCCGUUUCAGGUUUUCUUGCCAAUGAGCUCCUCAAUCAGCCCGGUGGUUGUCCGUGGAACUUAAUGAGCAGGUUUUGGGUAGAACUAUUAUGCUAUGCUGCUAUUCAUUGCCAACCCAUUGUCCAUGCACGACAAGUAAGCAGAGGCGGACAACUUCUCACCUUGGUUUGGUUGUUGAUCAAUUACUUGGGAUUAACUCCUCCUUCAAUGGAUUUUUUUGGAGAGUAGCUGUCGGAUCUUGCGAUAGAAGAGAUGACUAGACGGGUAGAGACAGCAUCGCAAGCCAUGUAAUUUUUGAAAAUUUGAAAACUCUUGGGGCACCGUGGCCCUCCUUGGCCUCUUCUAUCCUCGUUCCUUAAGAAGGAACCCGUUCACAAGUUGGAGAUCAUCUCAGCCACAGAGCUACUUCAUAAAAUUGUCUGUCAAAU